GGUGGGGCAUCAAGGAGUUAAAAUAUCUACGUUAGAACGCAGCAAAAUUAUCCCUUCAUCUUGUUCUUAUUAAAAAAUUAUCGAUAGUAGUGAUCGCAUAUUUUCUUUGUUCUAGCUGACUGCUACACGGAACCAGCGUUUUACCAAUUUAAAAGAUGGAGUUAUGAAUUCGAAUCUUAAAAUCUUAUCACUUUAAAAUAUGGUUUGGGUGUAGAUGUUCCCCCCCCCCCGGUUGACGUAGGAGCUAGGAUUAUCAGUUGUACUGACAUGUAUUAUGGAGUUGAGGGUGAAUGAUAGAUAUGAUCAUGCAGCUGAGAACACGUUGCAUAAAACCUAGUAACACGAAGGGAAUAGUUAUUCGCCAUUUUCAAGUGAAAAGGUCAAGAGUAACACUCAUGUUUAGGUGCAACCGCUUUUUUGUUGCAAACUCAAAUUCUGCUCUUUUGAAGCUAACAAUCCUUACAGAUCACUCAAAAUAAGUAGACAACAAAUAUGACCAUCCAAUAUGCGCUUACUUUCAUUCAACCACUUGUAUUAAAUAUCUAACAAGAGUGCUAAUCCUCCAUUAAAAAUGGUUCUGAAAAAUUUCGUCUCCUUCGUGUACAGCUUCAUAGGCCUCAGAGGGCAUCCAAGGAUUAAUGAUGCGGCGGCGGCGGCAGCAGCUUGUAGGAGAAUCACAGUGGAUGUGUCGGGCAACGUCAAGCAAGGCGUGCUCGAAUCUCCUGUCGGAUCAAGUUCAUCCGAAAUCAUAGAAGCCGAAGGUGAAUACUGUUGUGUUUGCUUGUCGCGAUUGAAGGCAGAUGAGGACACGAGUGCUUUACCUUGCUUGCACAGGUUUCAUAAGGUAUGCAUAGAAGGAUGGUUUAAUAAUGUGUGUCGAAGAACUUGUCCGCUGUGCCGGUCGUCCAUGGGGGGAGAAGAGAGGUCUCAUAAGAGAGAAGAACAGUUCACUGAAGAGAUGGUCGAAGCUCAUAAAGAGAAUUGCCUUCCACACGAGUGGGAGAAAAAAAAUUCAAUAACUCCGUUGCUAGAAUCCAAUCCAGGCCUCCUGGGUCUGGGUGAAAGCCAGACAAAUGGCCGCUGGACGACAACGGAGCUGUUUCAUGUGAUGGCUGCAACAUAGUACUGACGAGGCCUGGUACCAUCGCUUUGCUUUGCACCAAUCAAAAGUCAAUUAUUGUAUUAAAAAAAUACGUGAUCAUUGUUAUUUUUUUUCUUGCUUGUAAUGAAAUAUUUGAAA